UCCUCAUAUCCUCUGUCUACAUGUGAAGUCAUAGGUCAAGCCAAUACACAAACGAAGUCGUCGUGAAAUCGAUCGAGCUGCGGCUACUGUACUCAGGAAGGUACCGCGAGAUACUACAGCGUUCUCUAGUCCCAAAGUUCCGGACGACGUAACACCCGUUAUCCUGAAGGCAGCGAAACGACCCCACAAAACAAAAAAAGGUCCACGAACGGCAAGACGAUCUCGAGUCAUCGAUGGGUGAUGGAUCCGCAACCGCUAGCAAUCACGGGAUUGUAUUUGUUUCACCCAGUCUUCAAGAUUCCUACAAUCAUCCACUGGCCCUGUACGAGCCAAAGGGAGAACAAAUCAGAGAUAUAACUCCCAAAGAAGUACCCACUGUGCCUGAAGGCAAAGUCAUUUAUAGUCAAUCGCUUCCUGCGCUUCGAGCCGCCGCCGGUCGCGACGAGAGAAUUGACGUGACCGAUUGUGCCACUGCUGAGCGGUACCGUUUUAUCGACUGUAACAGCUUCGUUAGACACGGCGUCCUAGAGCUUUGGGAAGUGCCGCAAUUGCCCAUAGAUCAAUAUAUUGCGAUCUCGCACAUCUGGAAGAGCAAAGAGCCCCGACCACACGACCUUACCACAAAUGGGGUAUUCCUCGUCGAAUGUGAAGAGAGAAAUGAUGGUGGGCCCAUCAGCAUUGACGUUCUACGUUAUUCGAGCAGCGCAGCGCUUCAGAUGGGCAUACGGCUGCUCUGGCUCGACCGUUUAUGCAUUCUUCAAACACCCACAACUGCAGGCCAGCGAGACAAGCGUUGGCAGAUCCUGCAUAUGUAUGAUGUUUACAAGGGCUGUCAUGCCUGCCUCGUACUUCCUGCAGGUCUGCAGCGCUUUCCAGAUGAGUCAGAAGAGACCGGCGGGGUCGAACGCGCAUAGACAUUCCAGGAGGUCAUAGUCGCGCCACUAGUAAAGGUGUUGUACAUGACUCACUUGAGACUACUCCCCGCAUAAUAGACAUCACGGAUGCUU